AUGGACAAACGCAAGAACUGGGGCGACAUCAAUGUCCACCUACCUGGACUGACACUUCUUCUACCUGUUAUCUCGGCGUCUAUCAAGCAUCACAUACCCCGUCUAUAUCAUUCGACCGACCAGUCAGUCGAACCGAAUGAUUAUCCGCACGCACUACGUACCCAAGUCGCUUCGCAAGAAGUUGAGAGCCGGCCACUCUCGUCGGGCUCUUUUGAGUCAGACUUGGAAACCGUUUUCUCUGACGCCCAGCGUCCCACAAGCUCUAGCAGUACCAGUACUAGUCAAGAGUCAGAAUUAUUCACCGAGCGCAUGAUGAAUAAUAAUGAUGUCUUCAUUUCGAAUGAGGUCAGCAAUAGAGGCGUCGUGGAUCCCACCAAGUCCAAGUACGAGGCGGCCUCUGGGUUACGGUGGGGUCGAGUAGUCCCAGCGCUUGGCUUCCUACAGAAUGCAUGCUAUGAAGCUCAACAACCAACCUGUGACGAUCGCCUAGUGCGGUCUAUGUACAUAAGUGCUUUGGGCUACCUUCUCGAUGCCAUCCCCAAAGAUCUGACCCCUGAGGAGUCUGACAGAAUCAGGCGCAAUUUACCCGUCAAGAUCAAAGCGUCCAUCCCGACCACAGUGGAUCUCGCUCCUUGCGCAACAUGCGGUCCAAACCAACAAGCAAACGUCAACAUCCCCAGAAGAUCAUAUCUCCAUCGUCUACUAGCCUCCGCUAUUCUUCAACUUUUCAUCAUCUUACACUUCCUCAUGCCUUACAUCAAGAUCAUGAUACGGAAGAUAUACCAGUUUGAAAGGUCCCAUCAUAUUACGGAGAGGACGAUUGCGGCAACUGCUAGCGCUGCGGACAGCUUGACCAAGAAUGGACUCAACGUGGGCUUCGACAUAUUAAGCAUGCGAGAAGGACAGAUGGGUAUAGCAGCGUCGAACCUGUUGGCGUGGUGGAUAGAAGGCAUUGCCGGAGGCAUUUGCGAAGGCGUUGGCGAAGGCAUGACGGUUUUGGGCAUUGUUCGACCAAACCAGGAACUGGAACGGGCAUCUGGUCAAUUCUGA